AUGCAAGAAGAGCAAGCAUCUGUCAAGUCAGGAUUCAUUCAGAACCACACUGUGAGCAUCCGGGGUACUCUUCUGGGAGCUAGGAAGCCAGCAGUGAACAGAACGGACAUAUUUCCUGCUCUCAUGGAGCUUACAUCUGGUGGGUCAACCGAUUAUGGGACAACCUAUGAGAAGCUGAAUGAUAAAGUUGGGUUGAAAACAAUUUUAAGUUAUCUCUACGUUUGUCCUACCAACAAGCGUAAGAUUAUGUUACUCACGGACCCGGAGAUUGAGAGCAGUUUACUGAUCAGCUCAGAUGAAGGAGCGACCUAUCAAAAGUAUCGGCUGAGCUUCUACAUCCAGAGCUUGCUCUUCCACCCCAAGCAGGAGGACUGGAUUCUGGCGUACAGCCAAGACCAGAAGUUAUACAGCUCCGCUGAGUUUGGGAGAAGGUGGCAGCUUAUCCAGGAAGGGGUUGUACCCAACAGGUUCUACUGGUCUGUGAUGGGCUCCAACAAGGAACCAGAUCUUGUGCAUCUCGAGGCCAGAACUGUGGAUGGUCAUUCGCAAUACCUGACUUGCCGCAUGCAGAACUGCACCGAGGCCAACAGAAAUAGACCUUUCCCGGGCUACAUUGACCCGGACUCCUUGAUUGUGCAGGAUGAUUACGUGUUUGUUCAGCUGACGUCGGGAGGACGGCCGCAUUACUACGUGUCUUACCGAAGGAAUGCCUUUGCCCAGAUGAAGCUGCCCAAGUACGCUCUGCCCAAGGACAUGCACGUCAUCAGCACAGAUGAGAAUCAAGUGUUUGCAGCGGUCCAAGAAUGGAACCAAAAUGACACCUACAACCUCUACAUCUCAGACACCAGGGGUGUCUAUUUCACCUUGGCCUUGGAGAAUGUCCAGAGCAGCAGAGGCCCUGAGGGCAAUGUCAUGAUCGACCUCUAUGAGGUAGCAGGGAUAAAGGGGAUGUUCUUGGCUAACAAGAAGAUUGACAACCAAGUGAAGACGUUUAUCACCUAUAACAAAGGCAGAGACUGGCAUUUGCUGCAGGCGCCGGACACGGAUUUAAGGGGGGACCCUGUGCACUGCUUACUGCCUUACUGCUCACUACACCUUCACCUUAAGGUCUCUGAGAAUCCCUACACAUCAGGGAUCAUUGCCAGCCGAGAGACAGCUCCCAGCAUCAUAGUGGCGUCAGGUAACAUAGGUUCUGAAUUGUCAGACAACGACAUCAGCAUGUUUGUCUCUUCAGAUGCAGGGAACACUUGGAGGCAGAUCUUUGAAGAAGAGCACAGUGUCCUGUAUCUGGAUCAAGGUGGAGUCUUAGUUGCUAUGAAGCACACGUCUCUUCCAAUUCGACAUCUCUGGUUGAGUUUUGAUGAAGGGAGAUCUUGGAGCAAAUACAGUUUCACAUCUAUUCCCCUUUUUGUGGAUGGGGUUCUGGGUGAGCCUGGGGAAGAGACUCUAAUCAUGACAGUGUUCGGACACUUCAGCCACCGCUCUGAAUGGCAGCUGGUCAAAGUGGACUACAAGUCCAUUUUUGAUAGAAGGUGUGCCGAGGAGGACUACAGACCUUGGCAGCUGCACAGCCAGGGGGAAGCAUGCAUCAUGGGAGCCAAAAGGAUAUAUAAGAAGCGGAAGUCAGAGCGGAAAUGUAUGCAAGGAAAAUAUGCAGGAGCCAUGGAGUCUGAACCCUGUGUCUGCACAGAGGCCGAUUUUGAUUGUGACUAUGGUUAUGAGCGACACAGCAAUGGUCAGUGCCUGCCAGCGUUUUGGUUCAAUCCAUCUUCUCUGUCCAAGGAUUGCAGCCUGGGACAGAGUUAUCUCAACAGUACUGGGUAUAGGAAGGUGGUUUCCAAUAACUGCACGGAUGGCGUGAGAGAACAGUACACGGCCAAACCACAGAAGUGUCCAGGGAAGGCCCCACGGGGUCUCCGGAUCGUCACGGCGGAUGGAAAGUUGACAGCAGAGCAAGGGCACAACGUUACUCUCAUGGUGCAAUUGGAAGAGGGCGACGUUCAGAGGACAUUCAUCCAAGUGGACUUCGGUGAUGGCAUCGCAGUGUCGUAUGUCAACCUCAGCUCCAUGGAAGAUGGCAUCAAACACGUCUAUCACAAUGUGGGCAUUUUCCGAGUGACCGUGCGGGUGGACAACAGUCUCGGGUCUGACAGCGCCGUCCUGUACUUACAUGUAACUUGUCCCCUGGAGCAUGUGCACCUGGCCCUGCCCUUUGUCACCACGAAGAACAAAGAGGUCAACGCAACCGCCGUGCUGUGGCCCAGCCAAGUGGGCACCCUCACCUACGUGUGGUGGUACGGGAACAACACGGAGCCCUUGAUCACCUUGGAAGGCAGCAUAUCAUUCAAGUUUACCUCCGAAGGGAUGAACACCAUCACAGUGCAGGUCUCAGCUGGGAAUGCCAUUCUGCAAGACACCAAGACCAUCGCAGUGUAUGAGGAAUUUCGAUCUCUUCGCUUGUCCUUUUCUCCAAACCUGGACGACUACAACCCGGACAUCCCCGAGUGGAGGAGGGACAUCAGCAGAGUCAUCAAAAAGUCCCUGGUGGAAGCCACUGGGGUUCCGAGCCCCCACAUCCUGGUGGCAGUGCUCCCUGGUUUACCCACGGCUGCUGAGCUCUUUGUCCUGCCAUAUCAGGAUCCAACAGGAGAGAACAAAAGGUCAGCAGAGGAUCUGGAGCAGAUAUCGGAGCUACUGAUCCACAAGCUCAACCAGAACUCGGUGCACUUUGAGCUGAAACCCGGGAUCCAAGUCCUCGUCCACGCAGCACACUUAACAGCAGCCCCACUGAUCGACCUCACCCCGACCCACAGUGGAUCCGCCAUGCUGAUGCUGCUCUCCGUGGUGUUCGUGGGGCUGGCCGUGUUCGUCAUCUACAAGUUUAAAAGGAAGAUCCCCGGGAUUAAUGUUUAUGCCCAGAUGCAAAAUGAGAAAGAACGGGAGAUGGUCAGUCCAGUCAGUCCCACUGAAAGCAGGCCCCAUAUCUCUCAGACUGAACUGAGGAGGCCUGGCCCGCUGAUAGAUGAGAAGGUGGAAUCCCAGCUCAUAGGAAGUAUUUCCAUAGUUGCUGAGAAUCAAAGCACAAACGAAAUCCCUACCUAUGUAAAUGUUUGAAUGGAGGACGCCAGUAAAAACAAACAAACCAAACAAAUAAAGUAAAAACAAUCCAAAUCCAAACAAACAAAUACUCACUGCAUCGGGACUUUUUAAUUCUCCAGACACAGAUGACAAGGGUUGUUAGCUUUAAGCCUGUGCAUGUGGAUGGUACCUUGAGAACACGCUCGGAGGGGCAGUGGACAGGUGCUCUUUUCAUGGAAAAACACUCCCCUCCCCCUCUCUUCUCUCUCUUUUUCUGAUCCGUCGUGUUUGUAGAAAAUUCCUAACAUGUACAGGCCAAGGAAAUCUGCAUGCAUUUUUGGAACUCUUCUUGGCUCUAGAUUUCACAGCUAUUUCAGCUCUACCGGCUGAUGGGUGGGUUAGCCACCCCAGUCCCUUUUCACAAGACACCAGGACAUGCACAGAAGUUUGAAACCCUGAGCUAUUUCUCUGUUCCAUCUUCCUUAUUGCCAUGUCCACUUCCAAGUUAUCUGGUGGCUGUGUUGGCCAGCAGUGGCCACAAGGCUGCUUUCUGCAUCCUGUGUGGCCAUGGGGAUAAAGCUCUGAGUUGAAGUUCCCUGUAUGCAGGCAGAGUAGGGAAGGACAGCUGGCAAGGGCAAGCAUGUCAGAAGUGGACUUGUGUUUUCUGUUCAGCCUUUCUGGUUAUGACUAUUUCCCUUGCAGCUUUCUUUACUCCUCCUCCAAUUUAUAAGGAAAACAGAAUCUUAGUUACCCAUGGAUCUGCCUUCCCAUUUGUUUGCUGUCCCUGUGGUCAUGAUCUGUAGAUGUCUUUGUAUCUCUCCCUCCCAGUCCCCAAGUUACCCUUCACCUGUUCCUGCCUUUUCUUCCCAAACAUGUUGCUAGAUUCUGGACCUUAACCCUGACAUUCCCUAAAUACUGGCCUAGCCUCUGCCACCCCUACCUCCACCGCCCACAAGUUCCUCGUCACUGUCAAUUUUGGACACUCCCAAGCAUGCCAGCUUCCGUACUCACUGACCAACUGCAUCCUGCCUUGCAGGGUUCAGCUUCAUGCACCCUCUGUCUCCUCCUCUUCCAAAUACCCUUGUCCUCUCCCACCUGGACACAUACCAUGUGUGUGAAAGAGUUGGUAUGUCUGCAAAGCAGUUCAAAUCUGGCCAUGUGCAUUGGCAAAGAAAGCAUUCCGAUGAAUGGUGGUAUCCUCACACCCUCAUAAAAUUCUCGUGCAGGCAGGCUUUAGAAGAUUCUUGUGAGAAAUGUUUUGAACAUGUUACUGUAUGGCAGGGCAAUUUCCUUCUGUGAUGGUUGCUGUACCAGUAUUUCUUGUCUCCCAGUAGAGUAAAAAUGUUUGUAAAAUAAAACCGUUUUCAGCAGAAGAAGCAGGUUAAUGGGUUCAAUGUUCAAGGUCUGAAAAUAUAUAGAGGUCUUGUCUUACAUGAGGAUGAGAUUUUGAUUGUAUAAGAUGAUCCCAGCCGUUUCACUUGCGUGCUCCCAGAUCUCUGAGUAUCAUAGGAUUGGCAAAGGCAACAUGAAUAGCAUAAAGGGGAGGGGUUAGCCCACUAACUAAAGCGAUUGGCUCAAAGCAUGAAGAAAUUCCAGUUUUCCCCGGGCAAUCAGGAGAGAAGGCCCUGAGAAAGAAGGAAACGAGAGUAUGUCCAGCAGAAGCCCUUGGAAUAUUCUGGAAUGGGCAAAGCCCACUCUAAAAUUCAGGAGAAAACAGUUUUGAAAAACUACUCAAAGCGCAGCCUCCUUCUUGCUCAACAACAGGGUAUAACAGGGUUCUGGUUGUCCUAAAGAUCCUGAGGACCCCGGCCCUUCGGUAGCCCAGGCAGAGGAAGACUAGCAAAGCUGAUGUUAGAAGUUAAUCAAGCAGAAAUUUUUAUGGUUGAAGAUGCCCUCUAUGAAUUUGGGAAAUGGAUUGUGCCUGAGGUGGCUAUCUAUUUGUAGAAAUCAAUUGCUCCCUGACCUGCCAGGCUUCCUAUCCCAUAGGAAACAUCCUCAUUGAUCCUCUUCAGUUGGAGCCUCCCAAAUUUAAUCUGGAAGACCAAGUGUUUGGGAACCAAAAGAGGCCCAGGGAGUCCUCAGAGUUGCAGUUGUGUUCAUUUUAAUUGGAAAAUGAUGAAAAAGGAACUAACACUCAAAUCGAGCACAGUGCCUUGCCUAGAGUAUCUAUAAAGAUGGUUAUUUGUUGAAGGAAUAAAUGAAUGAUGACAUGAGAAGACAUAGGGAAGAAUGGGCUUGUAAGUCCUAACGAAGAGCAGAGGUGGGCAUGAGAUGCUUGGAAUUCUGGGAAGUGACCAGAGAUGGCCAGUUCUAGAUGCAGCAUCUCCCAGGUCCUCAUGUGCCUCUCUUGCCUGUAGGAGAUUCAAGAGGCAAGGUACUGCUCAGUAGGAAUCUCAUUGUUCUUAAAAUCUAGCUCCCUGUUUCUCAAAGUGUGGUACUGGACUAGCAGUAUCAGCAUCACCUUGGACCUGUUAGAAUGCCAGUUUGGGGUCCCCACCCCAUCUCUACUGAAUCAGAAACUCCAGGGAUGGAGCCCAUCAAUCUAUGUUUACAAGCCCCUCAGGCAAUUGGGAAGUACACUGAAGUUUGAGAACCACUGUUCUAGGCCAUUCCAGCUCAGUCCCCGAAGAGAACUUAGUAAUAACAGUCUAUAGUUGGGAGGGACCCAAGUGCCUACCUACUUGCUAACAGCAGGUGCAAACACAAGGCAGAGUAUGGUGGGCUUGAGGCCAGAAGAGUGGGAGGGAAGGGAUAGAUGUAGAGGGUAAGAUUCAGGGCAAGAUAAAAAUCUGACAUCACAAUGUUUUCCAAAUCUCAGAAGGCAAGCUGUGCAUGCCCUACCCUGAACUACCCAGCCCACAUUUUCUCCCUUGCCUUAUUCCUAAUUGGGUUCCCUGUCCAAAAUGCAGAGGUUUGCUUUGCUUUUUUUUCUUCAGAAGUUCAAAACAGCAACUUUGAGAGCAAUGGGGUGCUUGGCAGCUGUUCUGUGUUUUUCCAGGAUUCCAACUGAGCAUUGAAAUCCCUCAUUUGCCAACUUAUUUUUAUAGGAAGCCAAUUUAAAAAAGAAAUAAAGUUUUCUUAUAGUAUUGGAACUACUUCUAAUUUUCAAAUGACUUUUUUGAUGUAUUUUUUUUGUUAAAUACUAUGUAGUGUAAUGUAUAAUUGCUCUUGUUUAUUGCUUUUACAAUCAUAUUUAUUAAACAGAUAAUGUCUCUAAA